UGGAAUUAUUAGUCGGAGGCGCUGUUAGACGAACGUCGACGUCGGCAGCCAUUUCGAUUUGUGUUCAGUGCGUGGAGUGGUGAAAGCAAUUUUCACUGAGAGGAGCGCGCUGCAUUUAGUUGUUUUAACGUUUGGACUGUGGUAAAGACUUUCUAGUUGGUAAGACUCCCGCGAGAACAGAUUAGUACGGAAGAAAAAUGUCAGCUCCCACGUGUUACAAGUGCAACCGUCCAGGCCACUUUGCCCGCGACUGCAAUGCCGGUGGCGGCAUGGUAGGUGGAGGCCGUGAUAUGAGACGCGGUGGUGCUCGCGAAAAGUGCUACAAGUGCAAUCAAGUUGGGCACUUUGCGCGUACCUGUCCUGAGGAGGCAGAACGCUGUUAUCGUUGCAAUGGAAUCGGUCACAUCUCGAAGGAGUGCACACAAGCUGACAAUCCCACUUGCUAUAAGUGUAACAAGCUCGGUCACUGGGCGCGUAAUUGCCCGGAAGCCAUGAACGAUCGGAAUGUGAGUAACAUUUCGUGCUACAAGUGCAACCGCACAGGCCACAUUUCCAAGAAUUGUCCGGACACGGCGAAGACAUGCUACGGCUGCGGUAAGAGCGGUCAUCUAAGACGUGAAUGUGACGAGAAGGGGGGCCGUAAUUAGGAACCGGCACGAUGUCGUAUACUACACAUACUAUUGCAACCAACUUAUAAAAAUAAAAGAAAAAAAUCAUAAAACAAAAAUUAAACUCACACUCCUUCCUUAUAAACCCUAUUUUCAAAAAACAAAUUUUCUAAUUCCAAUUUGAGCCCUAUUGCGACUCAUCGUAGGAAAAUACGCUACGCAGGCAUCUUGAAGCAAAACUGCGUCUACGAUCCUGAGAAGUUGAAAUUGUUUGUUGUCGAUCGAAAUUGAGAAUUACAGCUGCUUCAUAUUCAUCUCCUCCAGUGAACAUACAUACACACAUACAGUCCAACCACAAAUGCAUCAUAUUCACAAUUAAGGUGAUUUGACUUGAGCGAAUUAACUGGGCCGAUACGAUAAUGUUAACUCGAAGCACUUUUGUUUUUCUGUGGAACGGCGGCGGGUAUCAGGCCCAGUUGAAGGAGCGGAGUAUAGAGCAGUCCAGAGAAUAUCCAUGGAAGAAUAGAACAGAAGAGCAAAGAAAACCAACUCAGAAGCACGAACCUUCAAUAUAAAAUUUCAAAUAUCACUGUGAUUGUUUUUUAAUUGUAAAUUAAAAUACUGGAGCUGCUGAUUUGAGAACAAGAAAA